CUCAUAUAUAUAUAUACACACAUAUAUACAAGCUGGUAGGAGAAUAAUGUAAUUCUUGUCUCUUCAUGCAGAAAAAAGCAGAUACCUGGGUUCUUCUGUCAUUUUGGAGUGCUUCUUUAUCUGUCUGAAGCUGGUUUUGACUAACUAACCCAUUAAGUGUGUAACAACUGUGAAGGUAUAUGUUAUGAGUAGCUGGCCUACUUCUUGGGAUGUCUGUUGAACUUAUCCUGUGAUCAUUCUUAGAGAUGUGUAAAUGAUUCAGGCUGUUGUUUGUGUUGCUGGUUCUGUACAAAGUUAUGUACCAGACAUUUGGAUUUAACUAUAUGGACACCUGUUAAGGUUCUAGGUGUGAAUUACAUGGAGUCUAUACUUUUUUAACUCCAGAAAGUCUGUUUUGUAGUAUAUUGCUAAGACAUUGUUCAUUUUUAAAAUAAUAUAUACUGGACGUGAUCCCACUACAUGUUUCCAAUACGUGAGCAAAUUUUCAAUGCACUGUUGUUGCACUGUCAUUGGUGAUGUAUCCAUGUGUCCUUAGGAAUUUGCUUGACCUUUUGGUGUCACCUUUAAUGGUAGCGUCAGAUGAUCUAGAUAAGUAACAGCAUAAGUAAUAAGAUGUAGAAAUGUACACCAGUUGCUCAUCACACAGAUGUGAUUACAACUUCACGCUUGUAUACAUUUGCUAAUUAUAUUUGUUUAAACUGGCCAUUCCUCAACGUGUAUGUGCAUGAAGAAAAAGAUUAGAACUGGAAAUUUAGACGAUAAUAACAUGGUCAGAUUUGGGGCACAGUUGUAGUACACGGGGUAGUUCUAGUACACAGGGUAGUUCUAUUGCAACUCAUGGGAGUGUGAUGGGUGUUAGUUUUCAGGUUGCUUUGUUACUGACAACUGAAGUUGGCGUGCCUAUUGUGAUACGAACAUACGAACAUUCUCUCCGUCAUACAUUUUCAGUCACAUCUCAUGUUUGCAAAGCUUUACAGGAUUUGGAGAAAAUUCUACUGCAGUUCCUAGGAUGACAGUUGUAUGAUGAAACUGGAAUGUUUUUCAUGUACUCACUUGUCAGUGUAGAUUUCUGUCACAGAUGUGUUUAUUUUUGAGGAAACUAUAUACAUUGUAAUUUGCUGGAUUGCGUAUUGUAUUCAUUAACUGGAUUACAUUGUAUGGAAUUGCCAGUGCUUUUUUAUAUUCAGUAAGAGUUGGAUUAAACAGGUUUACAAUGGGAAACACAAAUACCAAGGAGGAGCUGUUGACAAGAACCUCACUGGAAACCCACAAGCUGGACUUGAUGGCUGAAAUUUCCAGUCUGAAGAUUAAGCUGUCGGCAGCCGACAAAGACAGACAUGAUCUUGAUGACAAGCUGCGGAUGGCCGAGAGACAGAUCGGAGAUCUCCAGACCAGGCUGACCGUGAAAGAUGCUGAGAUUUCCGAGUUGCGUAAUCAAAUGUUGCGGAAUGGAACAGGUUAUGGUCCAGAAUAUGGGGGAAACAUGUCAUCUGAAUGCACGUUAGAUCGUGACAGAACCCUAGAUACGCUAAAACGAAAACAAACAGAAGUUGCAAAUUUGAAGAGGGCGGUAGAGUCACUUAUGUUGGCAAAUGAAGAAAAGGAUAGGAAGCUUGAUGACAUGAAGCGACUGUUGAAGCGGUACAGACGGGUAGAGGAGCUGCUGGUUCAAGCUCAGGGUAGAAAAGCGGUUGAUGAGUUGUUAAUAAUAGAAGACGACACCAGUUCCACAAGCUCUUCCACUACUCCUUCCACUGGAGAAGUUACCUCGCAGAGUGAUAAGCAUCGAAGUCCUCACUACCUAUCAUCCCCAAGUGCCACAAGUACCCCGGUCCAUGCAGGUGGAGAUUUCAAAUAUGAUGCCAAUCACUUAGCCACACCCCCUUCAUCGAUGACAUCAAGCAACAGGCAGGUUCUUGGAAUGACGAGAUCAAACAGUUGUGAAAACAUGGGACCACCUCAGCAGAAAACACCUUCAACAAGUAAGAAGAAAACAGAUACUUUCGAGGGAGGUUACGCUCACACUGAAGUGGUAACCGAUGACGAGGAUGGCCUGCUUCACAUGGGGCAUCAGUCAGGUUCUAGUCAUGAAGGCAAGAAGAAGAAAGGAAUAAAGAGGUUUUUUGGCAAGUUGAAAAGAAGUAGUUCUCAAGACUUUGAUGGAGAUCGGCCUGAAGAGUUCCGACGAGGUGGUGUGCGGGCCACAGCCACGGCGAGACUGGGCUGGUCGCGAGAUGUCAAAGCUAGUGGUGAUCUGGAUAUACCGUUUGCUCGAUGGGAUGGAGAUCGGGUCACAGCAUGGAUGAAUGCGAUUGGUCUUAACAUGUAUCUCGUUGAUUGUAAGCGCUGGGUACGCAAUGGAGAACAGCUGCUGCGAGCAACGCCUCAAGAUCUUGAAAAGGAGUUGGGAAUGAAGAAUGCAAUCCACCGUAAAAAGUUACAACUUGCUUUGCAAGUCAUCGGCUUGGAGACAAGUGACCGGUUUGCAGAGUUGGACCAUAACUGGGUGACAAGGUGGCUUGAUGAUAUUGGUCUUCCACAGUACAAGGAUGCUUUUUACGAUGCCAGAGUUGAUGGGAGAAUGUUGCACUUCAUGACAGUAGAAGACCUGCUGUCUCUCCGUGUGUCUAAUGAACUCCAUCACAUCAGUCUGAAGCGGGGAAUUCAGGUGCUGCGAGUUAAUGGAUUUAACCCUCAGUGUCUCAAACGAAGACCGUCUCCCGAAGAGGGCCAUCUGCACAAUAUACCAGGCAGUGUUGCCCUAUGGACGAACCACCGUGUGAUGGAGUGGCUGAGGACGAUAGAUCUCUCAGAGUACGCUCCCAACAUGAGGGGUAGUGGAGUGCAUGGUGCUCUAAUGGUGCUGGAACACAGAUUUAAUGCAGAGCUGUUUGCACAGCUGUUAUCAAUUCCGGCUAACAAGACGUUACUACGACGGCACCUCAGCACACAUUUUGUGGGACUCAUUGGUCAGGAAACACAACAAAGAAAACGCGAGUAUGAAGCAUCUCCUGCUUUUGUCACAUUGUUACCAAAUAACAAGAUAAAAAAAGGUAAAUUUGGGAUUUUUGGACAUAAGCGCAGCAAAUCAGAAACUGAGGCAGAUGGAUUUAUCUGUCCACUAGACAACUUGUCUUCCACCAAGGACUGUCAUAUCAAUGGCAAUGGCAUAGCAUCAAAUGGAAAACACGACCCAAAGAGAGGUCAGGUCGGUGCAAAAGAAAUUGGUGCCGUUUCCAAGGAAAUAAAUUCAUUAACAAAAAUGCUGUCACAAGAACGUUUUCUAGAAAGUUGUCAGACAUCGAAUGUUUGACACCAUCAUACCACCAAAAGAUUGAAUGUGCCAAGGGAGAUAACUCGGUGAACUGAAGUAGGAAGGGACUUUUCCAGUGUAACAGAAGUGAAUCAACUUGAGUAAUACAAUUUGGACUUAAGGCUUAUGGAUAUUUUUUUUAUGUUUUUAAGUUUAAACUGAAAAAAAAGUUGGAUUUCAUUUUUCAAAUAUUGUUAAGAAUAACCUACUCAAGUUACUUUAAUUGGCUUAUGUUGGCCUGAAUUUUAUAACCAGUGCUGUGCUUUUUGUAUGUAUUUUUACUUUUAUCAGAUCCAAACAGAAUAUAUUGUGACAUUUUAAAAGAGACAUAUUUUUUUUGGACAUAAAUUGAAAUCAAAGAUGUAUUACAGUUUCACUUCAAAUUAAUUUACCGAGAGGCUAUGGACCUAGAAACUUUAUACCACAACUAUGUUUUACAAAUGAGUUAAUAGGGUAUACUAACAAUUAUCUUCCACUGAUGGUACUAGAAGCAGUAAUCUGUAGGAGAGUCCAUCACUACUGACAGCUAAUUUGAAAAUUCACAUUAGCUUCAGUCAGGAACACUUCAUACAAAAACUACUAUAACAAAUUAACAGGAAUUACACUGUACUUCCUCUAGUUUGUCAGAUGUGUAGUAGUCUUAUACAUUUACAAACAAACCUAGUUCAUCUUGAACAAAACAACAGUUUUGGGGAUUUGUUUUGGGGUUUUUUUAAUUAUUGACUGGAAUAAACAAAAAAAGGGUUGCAUCUUGAGCACUGUUCAUAUAUAUAUUUGAAUCAUCACAAUUGUAUCCAUUUACUAUUUUUGUAGCAUAAAUGAAUUGUACAGUUUUGUAUAUAUCAUUAUUGUUCAUAGUGUAAAUAUCAAAGUGCGGAGCAUGCUUUACUUAAGUUUGAUAGGCUAUCCAGUUUUUUAAUUUAUCAGUUAUUUUAAAUUUUUCCAAGAAUAUUAUUUGAAAUAUACAUGGCUGUUGUAUGCAACUUGAUACUAUCAAGAAUACACCCAAGUCUGAACAGCCCAGUCAGUAUAUAGCAUUUACUGAAGGGUGUUGUGAGGUAUGUAAAUAUAUGUUUUACUCACUUAAUAUAGGGCUUCCUUUAAUACUAUUUGCCAAGAAUCAGUCUGUGAUUAUUAAGACAUCAUGAUUGGUAGAUGGAAUACUAUUUCCAAAAAACCUAUUUGUAUUAAAACACUGCUGCCAGAAAUGCUGAAGUAUAAAUGUUGUCUUUGCAAACCAUUCAUGCUUAUGCUUUUAAUACUACUGAAUCAAAUAAAAAUUACUAUUACCUUUGUGUUAUAUUACUAUUGAUGUUUUUGAAAGAAAAAAAAUUGUUAAAUGUAUAAAAAAUUACUUGUUACUGGAUGAACAGACAGGAUGUGGGCAUCACAGGAGCAUCCAUGCAUCAGAUGUCAAAUAUCAGAUCAACAUCUACAAAACACACUAGCACAUGCAUAUGGGGGGGGGGGGUCAUGGAGCAGCUUGCAGGCUUCUGGAAUCGCUUGUUGCACAAUUUUUACCAUCUGCUGCUGAAUGUAGCAAGCCGAGAUUCCCAUAUUCCAGAUUUUAGGUCAAAAUAAAUGUUAUAAAAAUAUCUAUUUAAGCCGUUUUCUGUGUGUGACAUGCAUCCAGUGUGUUUAGUAUUUUUGUGCGAAUGCUGGGUGUUGCCCAUCACUUUUUCCAUAUCAAAUAAUGUGUAUUAUAGUCUUGUGGUAUGUGUUAUCGUGUCUGUGGGAUGGUGAAUGUAAAAGAUUCCUUGCUACUAAUGGAAAAAUGUAACGGGUUUCCUCUCUAAUACUAUAUGUCAAAAUUACCAAAUGUUUGACAUCCAAUAGUCAAUGUGCUCGAGUGGUGUCCUUAAACAAAAACAAACUUUAACUUUCUUUAGUAACAUAGUUCAGUUUGGAAACAUAGUACUGUCUGCAUCUCAUAUUUUUUAAGAACUUAAAAAUGUAUUGUGAUACUACUAUUUUAUGAACUUUAAGAGAUAUUUUGUUGACAUGGUUGUGAAGAACAUUUCUUGCCUUAUGAUCACUCGCAAACCAAUAGCAAAGCUCCAUCUGAGUAUGAACAAAACUAUUUUUGUAUGUGCGUUUUUUUACACUGAUGCUACCUAUCUCCACAUGGCCACUAUAGCACAUUCUGCCUCUUGAAGAAGUGAACAAUUUACACCGCUGUGACAGCUUGUGUCACUCUUGUGAGCCAACCGUGCCUUGACACAACACAGUUCAUGUGACAGUGCGCAACAAAGUUUUACUGCAUUGUACUGGUAGUUUUCUUUUCAGAAUAUUCAUUACUGGAAUAGUUUAGUUGAGGUUUAUCUUAAUGAACUAUUAUUACUAAUAAUGGUUUGCUAAAUAGGCUUAUCAUUAGCUGGAGUAUCUUAUUCAUCAUGCUUACUGAUUAAGUAACAUGUUGUAUCAUUGUAAUUAAUAAGUCAGAUAUUUGAAUUGAUAAAUAUUAGUAUAAAUUACCUAAGUUAUAUUCAAAAUUAAAUGUAACACUUAUAAAAGGUUUUUAAAAAUUAAAUAAAAUAUGUACAUACAGACGGUUAGCUAACCAGUAUGAAUAGUUAUGCAGGUAUGAAAAACAGUUGGCAAAUGAUUAAAUGAAUGAUUGAAUCAGUGAACGAAUGAUUUAUUAGUACGGAUAUUUAUUUUGGUUAUUUAUUUCUAUGCCAGGUCAGUCCAUAAAAUAUUAUGUUUAAAUAUUUGAACGAUUUACCACUUAAGUGAAUUGGCAAUUCACCUACCUUUAAAGUUGAAUAAACGACACAUGAGUAGAAGGACAGUUUGCAUGAAAUGUUGUGAGUGCAGUACUGAUAAAAUUAGCUACACAGCUGUUCACAGUCGAGCUGUCAGCUUAGAUGGCGCGUUGGUCAUGUUAUCCAGGUUAAGACUGGUAGCUACUGGACGGGUACCCCAGGACUGGUUUCCACCCAGAUAGAGUGCACCACUUGGCUUAAGAGGGACGUGUAAGCCCCCAGCACCAAUCAGUUUUCUGUGUUAACAUCAUAUUAGCUACCUCGGAAUUUGUUGUAUAAGAAAAAUUGCCUGGGGCCUUUUUUCAAUCUUAUUUUCAUAUUCAUAUGUAUUUUAUUUCUGCAAAAUGAAUUUGUUAUUGAUAAAAUGUCAUGUAUCUUUAAAGUAUUUACUUUAUUUUGAAUUUGACAAAUGACCAAACAUGGUUAUAUUAGCUCAAGUAAAAAAAUUCUAGACUUUAUGUGAACAAAUUAUUGCAUGUUAGUUACAAUAGUCAUGAUUUGGAGGACUUUGUAUGGAUGAAUGGUUUACUAUGUAAGUCCAGUUCAUCUUAUUCCUCAUGCUUACUGUGACUUUUGUAUGUUUAAAACAAAUAUCAGCAAUGACUUUUAUAUUUUUAAAAAUACUAGUAAUGCCUGUUUAUUUAAUUUGUUCACACAUUUAGCCAAAAUUUCAUAACGUUGACUUGCUGAUUGUGCAUUAAUUAUGCCUUUUAAUUACUACAGGUAUUACAAAGUAUCUGUUUAAUUGUGUGUUAUAAUAGUAACAAUACAAGUAGCUCACUCAGAUUAUAUUUCUUCAGUUUUACUUUAUUUUAAUUCUUUUUUUAUAUUCCAUAUUACCAAAACAAUCUUAUAAUGGUGCAUGUUACUGAUUAGUAUUUUACCACAACUUGCUACAUGUAAGUCUUCCUGUUGAAACUACAAUAGCCAUUGUGAAUGGCUUGUAUGUAUAUUGUACAUUAUUGUAAAAUAAAGGUUUUUUAGAACACAUUUGACACUACCAGUAGUUAGUGUGCAGAUUUAGUUACAAGUAGAAUAAAUACAAAAUGUAUUUAGUUUGGUGUUUAUACAAAGGGAACAAAAUAUAAUUUUUUAAUUUAUUCACUUUUAAAUACAAGCUUGUUUGUGUAACUAUUCAUAGAAGUAUAUGUUUUUAACAUCCAAGUAUUUAUUACUUUUAUGUUGACUAUUCUUUUUCUUUAUUAAGAUUUCAUUCUAAAUGCAUGGAUCUGAAUGCAAAUUUUAGUUAAUUUCUUAAAUACAUGUACUUGAUUUUGUUUUUCUGAAAAUAUUCUUUUGCAGACAUUGUUUUGUUUUUAAUUUUACAUAAUCUUUUGAAUUCAUACUGCAUGCAAGUCUAUGGUAGAAUAAAUGUGUGUAAUAUGGUAUUUUAGUGUACAUUUUUUUCAGAGCAAAGGAAAAUAUUUUUUUAAAGUUAGCAAUAUAUAAUUUUAUUUUUAUGUACCAGUAUUUAAUAUUUAGUGGGGAGGAUUGUUUGGGAGGUUUUUGGGGGUUUUUUAUUAUUUUAUUUUAGCUAGUUCUUAUUAUGGUUUCCACCUUUCAUCUACAUGUACAUGUACCAGUUCUAUAAAUAACUGUGUGAAAUCGAGACUUGCAGGCAUUAUGGUUUCAAGUUGAACUGUGUGAAUGUUAGCUUAUCUUUGCAUAUUUAAAUACCUACCAAAUAUUUUAGAAACAUUUUGACAUUUUGUAUAUUUUACUGAUCUGUUUUGUAAUAUUGAUAAUUCAGUGCAUGCUUUCAAUAUGCCUGUCUCAGUCAUGUAAAUAAAUAUAUGUUGAAAGUG